UGUCCUGACACGAGUGUCUGACAGCAACCGUUUCAGUUGAAAACCGGUGGUGGGGUUACCACUCAUGACUAUUAAAAGAGUCGAUAUAAACUUUUCGUGCCCUCUUUCAGUUGAAACAAAUAUGUGGAUCAAACAGAUGGAAAUUUCUUCGAACAGGCAGGAGACGCUAGAACGGAUUUGAAUUCAGAGUUGUCGGUCAGACUUAAAAUCGGGAGGUCGUCUCAAAAGUUGAGCUGGUUUGUUGGUGACAGAGACGUAGAUAAGUGGACAUUCAACGACUUUCAAAGAGCAUGAUGCGAAACCUAGUUCGGAGAACAGAAAAACUUUUCCCGCAUGACACGAGCAAGUAACAGAAAGGCUCUUCACACAUGCUAUCCUGAUGAAAUCAUGCAAAGCCCAAGGGACGACGGUCAUGUUGAUAAUAAAGUCUUCUGGAGAAGAAGACGCGAAUCAGAGCACUUGCGUUCAACAACCUCUCCCGCACGAGAACCGAACCAGCUUCCUACACAAACCACAGCAGUUUCACGGAGCACAAGACGAGAGGCUCUUUCAUCUCUGCCUUCGCUUUCCCUCCAUAAUGAACAAUUCCGAACUUGCAGGGCAUGAUUCCUUCGAGCAUGCGCUCUGAUUGAAGUAGCACCAUCGGCAGUGGCAAGUUGCUCUACGUGGGGAUGAUCAAAACUGCCAUCACAGUUAGAUCUACAGCAGCCUUUUAAGCCUUUAGCACCAGGAUGUUCAGCAGGAAGUCAUUUUCCAGGGGUGAAAUGAAUAGCUACUGAGAUGUAAAGGGCAUGCAGUGAGGUGCAGGAUUCUAUCUGGACUCCAGACAGCGGAGACGGGCUGUAAGGCAGGCGAAUGAGCUCGUCCUCAAAUGGAACCCUCAGUCCUCCGAGGCACACUUUCCGCGCUUGGACACCUCACGGACAUCUAUAUCAGGACGGACAUUUGAGCGGUCACAGCGCCCGCGGUUCGGGUUCUAGUCCCUCGCAUGGGGCCGGGACACUCCAGGUACCUUUCCGGAACUAGCAUAUCACAACCACUGUUUUCAACUUUACCCUGUACCGGCAUUGCUAGCUUGCAUCCCACCUGUCAGUGACCUGAAAAGGCUUUUACGCUCGAUGUUCAGCGGAUCUCACUCGAGAUCCAUACUUUCUCGAUGAAAUUAUGCGGAGUCCUUGGGCCAGGGUUGGAGCUUGCCUGCCCCGUUUGAGACUUGUGGCUGUCAUUGUGCAUGUGUUGCGAGAGUGAUGGGGCAGUGACCCCGCACUCUUUGAGCAGGGAAGCAAGUGGGCUAUUUAGGAUCCCUCUGCAUGCAUGCUUGCGACCAGUGUUUCUGAUUCCGAGAUGUCUUCUCAAACCAGUAUCGAUGGGAUGGUCUUUGCCAGGCUGAGGCAAUCUCUGUUCCGAUCUCGGAACACUAGUUUCCUCCGCUACACAAUUCCGCCCCGCAGCCUAUGUCAUUGAUUGCCCUACAGCUUCCUUCGUCAUAUUUUGGAUUAAACCCUUCAAGGUUUGCCCUGAGACUGUGUCAAAAUAAUCACAGAAAAGUCAGUUCGGAUGCAGUUCUAAGUGGCUUCGAUUCUAAAUGUGAACACUGUUCGAGGAUAAAGCAAGGUGGUUCAGGAGGCAGAAUGGCUCAAAGCUUUCAACCCCACAGAUUAGGAAUGUUGUGUUCAUAGUUUCCAUCAUACGUGACAGUGAACGAGUAUCUAGAGGCAUGCGGACUCAGGGGACAUCCUCUGAUGAGACGGAACUGAUCCUUCCUAAAGCCCUCCGAGCUUUGGAAGACUGAUGAUGGUUCUCUAGUUGCGUGUGCGUGCACAAGCGCUCAACUGCAGUGCAAGGACAGAUGAUUGCCCGGAUUAGAGCUCGAUGAUUAGAUUGGAGGAUCAUUCAAAUCCCGAAUCGCCAGCUAGGGCGAGCAUAGGUCUCUCUGCGGCAUAAUUGCAAAAGCGUGAAAUAUACAGUUCAAUAUUCGUUGAAACGACGUGCGACAUGUCAGACGACUGCUAACAUUCUAACCCAUGUAGGUGCAGUAUUUGUUACAAACGGGUGGGCCAUUCAUUCGAGGUCUACAACCGACAGCGAGCAUAGAAGUCUGGUGGAAAGGGUUGUGGGUGGUGUAAUGGCUAAAGCAGCAAGCGUCGCUCGACCUUGCAUUGGAAUACUUCACGAAUGUCACAUAGAAAACCAGUUCACGUGACACUUUCCUUGGCCGACUCGCAGAAAGAAGAAAGAAAGGAAUUUGAAUCUCGAUCGUGGCCGACAGAAACAUAGACAGUUGGGACCCAAAAGCGAAAGAUGUUCGCAAGCUCUCAGGAACUACUUAGAACAGCGGGUCGAAGGUGUAAAAAGGGUGCAGACUUCACGUGAAGGGAAGCAUGUCUACAUACUGUGAACACCGAAACGGAUAAACACCUUCAGUCAAAAGCCGUCAUUUCACCUGAAAAGAUACGGAGCACUUUUUCAUCUCGACCCAUGGACAACUGCAACUGCUUGAUAUAGAAGUCUGCAUCUGAGAGUCAAGCGUGUGUACCUCGAAGACGUGAUGGAGCGAACGAAUAAAAGCUAUUCUCGUCCAUCGCAGAUUCCAGUGUUCGGCGACACCUCUCCACAUCUGAACUUUCUCAACGUUAACGUUUGUGCCAACCUGGACCUCCCUGUUCAUUCCUACCGCAAUGGGACCUCACCUCAGGAUAGUUGUGAGCAACAGCUGAUCGAUCUUUCUCAAGCACCAGCACCAAGACUUGUCUAAUCUUGAAAACCAGAUCUCCAGGACUGUUGAUGCGUCUCAUCAAUAUUGGAAUUUCU